AUGUUCUCCUGGCUCAACGGUCCUGGUCGCGUGUUCCGCGAACCUCUUCCCGGCUCGACCAACUACCUGGGUGCAUACGACCGAAGUGGAAACCUGAGGCGCUUGAUGAGAGACGGCGAAGAGGAGGAGCAAGAAGGCAAGGUUGAUCUUUCAAAGCUCAGCGCAGAGGAAAAGGCCAAGUACAACCAAGAGAAGGAGGCAAAGGCAGCGGAGGACCGAAACAAGCUUCCAAAAGAGAAUGCAGCCGACCUCCGACCAUACCCUCUAAACAACGAUUUCCGCAGUCAGUCGGUCUUGAGUGAGGAACUACGCACAGAAAUCUACAAGAAGAUUGUCGAUGAGAAGGUUGAUCUGGCCACUGUCAGUGCUCUGUAUGGUGUCGACAUGCGUAGAGUGGCUGCAGUUGUUCGUCUGAAGACGGUUGAGAACAACUGGGUAGCAGAGGGCAAGAAGCUGGCCACACCAUACCACGACGCAAUUCUACAGAUGGUGCCACAAACACACUUCAACCGCAAGCUCCUCGAGGACCCCAAGAAGGUCUUCUCCCACGAAUCGAUCAACGAUCUUCCUGUACACCCCUACACACGCACUCAAAUCUUCUAUCCGACAUCCGAAUCCCGCCAAUUCACACGUGCCGAUGCAGCAAAGGUCUUUUCACCCACCCUUCUGCCAGCCGAUGAGCGGAUACCUCUGUCCGAGUUGAUCGACAUUGAGAAGGACGCAGUCAACAACAUGCCGCGCGAGCAGCGUACAGCACGUAUCCGCGAGCGCACCGAAAAGAAGAUGCGCGCAAAGGCGGAGAAGGAACUCAAGAAGCAAGAGUGGGAGGCUAGAAACGUCAAGGUGGUCAGCAACCAACGCUGGAACUUCCGCUUCGAGAGCAUCAGUGUCGAGGAGGCUGGCAAGGAUGGUCGCGGCAGACGUGGUGUUGGUUGGAGAUAUGGUAACCCUCACCACGACCGUGAGAAGGGCGAGAUCAAGUUGCCUACGAGCGUCGAGUAG